AUGGAAACGGAUCGGAAACAAGGAGUUGGCCGGACGAGCAGGAUAAAUGAGAUGCUGGAACAGUCCCGGAUAGUAGUGACCUUGUUGCCCUGGGAGAGGCGACAUUUCCAUUCAAAUCCACACAUUUGCAUCACAUUCGAUCGGAACAAAACGUUGAGCAACACAAAAAGGGUAAUAAAACUAUUUGAUGGUGUCUGUUUCGACCAGGAAUUGGCGUCCGGGAAGGAAGCCCGUUUCACAUGCGCCACAGUCUCUGCACCAACAAUGAAAUAUUUAAAUUGCAGCUUUGCACAAGAUGGAAUGCCGGUGAUAACGGAGCAUCCUCUGGAUGUGAUUGUUGCGAAAGGUGAGCCGGCAACACUGAAUUGUGCAGCAAAAGGUCCAGAUUUGCAAAUUACGUGGUUCAAAGACGGGGAAUCAGUGAUAACAAAUAACGAGGAGAAGAAUUCACAUCGUUUGGUGCUGCAUACCGGUGCUUUAUUCCUACUUCGAGCUGUGAUUGGUAAUAAAGCAGUACUGGAAUGUUCGCCACCUCGUGGAUUUCCGGAGCCGGUCGUUUCUUGGCGCAAAGAUGAACGGGAAUUGCGUCCCCAGGAUGAAGAUGGGAUCGUGCUACAUCCGGGUGGCAGUCUCAUCAUUGAAAAGGUACAGCGAUCAGAUGCCGGAUUCUAUCAGUGUGUAGCAACGAAUAUGGUCGGUGAAAGGGUGUCAAAUUCCGCUCGUUUGUCUGUCUUCGAAAAGCCGUAUUUCUUGCAAAAGCCGCAGAAUAUAACAGUUGAGGUUGGUUCGUCUGUGUUGUUUGAUUGCCGCGUGUCUGGUGAUCCGAUGCCUUCGAUUUCGUGGAAGAAACGAAACCAGCAAAUGCCUGUUGGUCGAGCGUACAUCGCAGCAGACAAUCGUGGAUUGCGCAUCGAUAAUGUACAUGCUGCACCAUCGUUCACGAAAACUCCUCUUGACAUCACCGUCGAUUCGGGUGCUACAGCGAAAUUCAAGUGUGAAGCCGAGGGCCAACCACAACCAGCACUGUUUUGGUCAAGGGAGGGCCAGCAGCCCAGUGAUGAAGGUGAAUAUAUCUGCCAAGCGAAGAAUCCAGCCGGCAGUAUCAAUACAUCCGCUCACCUAAGUGUACAUGCUGCACCGUCGUUCACGAAAACUCCUCUUGACAUCACCGUCGAUUCUGGUGCUACAGCGAAAUUCAAGUGUGAAGCCGAGGGCCAACCACAACCAGCACUGUUUUGGUCAAGGGAAGGCCAGCAGGAAUUGUUUUUUCCUGGUCGAAUUUCUGCUGAUGGAAGAAUAAAGGUAACUCCCGAUGGUGAACUUACGGUCGCUGAUGUGAGACCAGCGGAUGAGGGAAAUUACGUUUGCGCCGCAAUGAAUCUGGCCGGAAGUAGUCUCACUAAAGCAACACUGAAAGUAACAAGUAAAAGUGAGGCCUCAUUGAAAAGAAUUUGA